UAGGGUCGGUCUGGGUGAGGGCCUGGGCUAACCAGGUCUCUCCACGGGCCGCGGCAGUGCGGGUGGAGUCUGGGAAGCCGGAAUUGCUGAGCUUCUGGCCCUGAGAUUAAUGGGGAGGAGCGGGGAAGAGGGGCCACGUGCUGUGGUUUCUGGUGCCCCGGUCCUAGUCUCGGUCAGACCCACACAGUCGUACCCAGAGGGCCGCCGCCACCCCCAGCACUUCCUUUAGGUCAUUUUAAAUGAAAAGUGUAGUGCCCUUCGCCAGGUGUUGAAGGGAAAGUAAGCCAGGACUUUGUUUUCCCCUGCUCCUUCCGUCCCCUCACAUUCUUUCCGACCCCACCUCUUGAGUUUGUUAAUUUUCGAGGUCAGGAAGCACGUUUUCACUUGGGAAACGGCGUAGUACGAGCUAGGAGACCAGCCUCUAUCUUAUGCACUUUACGUGUGUUAUCUAUCUCAUUUAAUCCACAUAGCAGUCAAAGGAAGUGCUUGCUAUUGUCAUUUUCUCGCGAGGAAACUCAAAUUACUAGUCCGCGUGUCUCUUCAGUUUAUCUUUGACUAUUUAAAUUGAAUGAGGCGUUCGAUUUCCACGGACGUGAAAUUAAGAUGUAUUCCUUGUAAAAUGUUGCUCUUGUUUCCUAACUUGAAAUUAUUUCGGAAAACCGCAUAUCUGCAAGUAAAUCUAUUGCUGUUAGCGAGGUAAAAUGAUCUAGUAGGCAUCGAAGUAGGAGCCACUUACUCAGCUUUGGGGGAGUCAGCAUCUUUGCCUCAGCUUCGUCAAGUGCUGAAUUGAAAUCAAUGCCACCCAUGUCGAUUUCCUAGAGAUUUUUACUGCCCUUGAGUGCCACUCCUGAUAUGGAGAAGAUUGAGGAACAGUUUGCUAAUCUGAACAUUGUUCAACGUUCCUCAGGAACUGAAGAGCCUACUUAUCUGCUUGGCAUAGACACAUCAAAGACUGUGCAGGCGGAAAAAGGAAGCUUGGUUGCCGUUUUAUGUUCUAAUGGAUUAAUCAGAAUAUAUGAUAAAGAAAGGUUAAAUGUACUACGAGAAUUUAGUGGAAAUCCUGGACUUAAUGGAGUCAGGUUUGCAAAUUCUUGUGACAUUGUGUAUUCGUCAUGUAUAGAUAGCACUGUAAAAUGUUGGGAUGCUCGAUUAGCCAGUGAAAAGCCUGUCCAGUUGUUCAAGGGUUACCCUUCCAAUAUUUUUAUCAGUUUUGAUAUCAACUGUGAUGAUCAUGUCAUUUGUGCGGGUACAGAAAAAGUUGAUGAUGAUGCAUUGUUGGUAUUUUGGGAUGCAAGAAUGAAUUCUCAAGGUUUGUCUACUACUAAAGACCCACUUGGUGCAUACUCAGAAACACAUAGUGAUGAUAUCACUCAAGUAUGUUUCCAUCCCAGCAAUCCCAACAUGGUAGUCUCAGGUUCAACUGAUGGCCUGGUAAAUGUAUUUGAUAUUAGUGCUGAUAAUGAAGAAGAUGCACUGGUUACGACUUGUAACUCAGUUUCAUCAGUAAGUUAUAUUGGUUGGUCUGGGAAAGAUUAUAAACAGAUAUACUGCAUGACACAUGAUGAAGGAUUUUGUUGGUGGGAUCUUAAUCAUCUGGAUACUGAUGAACCAGUUACGCGUUUGAACAUCCAGGAUGUUAGAGAAGUAAUUCAUGUGAAAGGAGGUAUUUUGGACUACUUGAUUGGUGGCCUAUAUCAUGAAAAGAUGGACAAAUUAUUUAUUGUUGGAGGAACAAACACGGGAAUUAUUCACUUAAUGAGUUGUACUACAUCAGGAUUGAUGCAUGUGGCCAGCCUUAAGGGGGGGCAUGCCGCUACAGUCCGUUCUUUCUGUUGGAAUAUGCAGGAUGACUCUUUGCUAACAGGAGGAGAAGACGCACAGUUGUUACUUUGGAAACCUGGAGCAAUAGAGAAGACAUUUCCAAAGAAAGACAGCAUGAAGGUAUCAUCCUCUGUGUACCAGCGAGUUCGAGCUCAUAGUAAUGAUUCUUAUAAGAGAAGGAAAAAGCAGUGAUGUUGCAUUAGAAGUUUACUUCAUAGAUUUUAUAGUUGCAAAUAAUUAUUUUUGUGUCCUACGUAUGAAAGACAUGUUUAAAGCUCAUUGUAAAAACAAGCCAGUUAGCAAACAGUCCUGGAAAAAUGUUGACAAUGGUUUAAUUCAGUCUUUAUGUAUUUUUUAAAAGGCAGUUGAGUAUAUAAUCAGUGACUUGAAAGUAAAAUUACUUUCUUCAUUUUUAAAACCCAUCUGUUGAGUUAGUAAAGUAAAUGUUGGGUUUAAAAAAAUAGCUUUGAUAAGGACUUUUUAGAAGUAGAUGGCUAAAAAAACAGGUGGUUUGGGGUAUUUUUUUUUUUUUUUACUCAAUUUUUUACAUUUUAAAUCAUCUUUAUUUUUUAAAAAACUAAAUGAGACUUCACUGGAGCUCCAACUUGCUUAAUAUACAUAGAUAACAUUGGAGUAUUUAAAUAUAAAUAUACUAAUGAGUCUAAAUAGAAUUAAACUCUUUUAGAAAUAAAAAGAUUUGCAUCUGUUUAAGAAACAUGUUUAGUAGACAUUUGUAUCUAUACUUUAAUGUUGUAGGUUAAACAGUAAACAGAUAUUAUACUUAUGAAAAAAUGAUCUUCCAGAAUUCAUUUUGAGACUCAAAGUGACUAUAUAAAAAUAAAAGGAUAAUAGCAGAAUGGCUGUUUUUAUUUAAAAAAAUGCUAAUAUUUUGUGAUAAAAUUUUUUUCCAUAGUGUUUCACUCAUAAUUUUGAACCUGAAUUUUUGUUUACUGCUGAUUUUUCAUCCUUUUAAAUAUUUC